AUGACGCGGCACGUGCAAUCUGACGAGCGCCCCCGACACAGCGCCGCCGCCGCCGCCGCCUCCGCAGCACGCGUCACGACGGCAGUCAGCUGGCGACCGCCGGGCCGCGAGGUCGCGGCCGCUGUCGCGUUCGACGCUAGGCUACACCACUGUGCGCCGAGCUACUGUGUGUCGUGUGGGGGCGGGGACGGGGGCGUGUGUGCAAGUGAACGCCGGAGGACGCCCGAGAGCCUGAGGAGGUGCCGGUCAGCGCUGGCGGUGCUCCUGGUGGCAGCAGCGGCGCUGCUUCCCGCCACCCACGCCGCCCCCGCUGCCGCCCCCGCCGCCCACAAGGCGGACGACUGGAUCGACCCCUGCGGCAUAUACAGGGACGCCCCAGGCGUCCUCAACAUGAAGAACGUCAAGAAGGUGCUCAGGGUGUUCCGAAAUUACCUCCACGGCACCUUCAACAGCGUGAAGAAGGAGUGGGAUCGAGCCAGCAGCGUCUACGAAGGGCUGAAAGAAAUUGAAAUGGACAUGGAGUGGCUUCCAAGGAACCAGUACAACCACUACAAGGACACCAUCCAAGGGCUGACACUUCCCGAAAAGCCGGCCCACGUCCUCCAGCACGUGCACGACGGCGUGCAGAAGUACCUGGCCACCGUGGCGUGGCUGCAGAGGGACGCAGCCAGCAGCCUGCUGCUGCACAAGGACCUCGCCACGCGCGCCCACUUCCUCUCCGAGAUACGCAGCAAGCUCAAAAGUUUGCAGUGCGCGGCGCAGAAGGCGAUCGUGGACAGCAAGGUGCGGCUGCAGGUGCAGCGGCCGCAGCUGGAGGAGGUGGUGGACGCGGUGCGCCACCGGCAGCCGUCGCAGGGCACGCCGCAGCUGCUGCUGCGCGACCGCACCUACCUCACCCUGCUCAAGGCCUUCCUGGCCGACUGGCAGAAGGUGGUCGGCGAGGUGCUCAAGGAGGUGACCCGCGACCUCAAGAAGAAGAGCAAGCAGCCGAAGAAGGACGCGACCCGCGGCGCCAAGAGCAAGAACACGACAGCCGCCCCCCGCCGCCAGCGCCACAAGAGGCGGAAGGAGCAGCAGCGGCGCCAGCAGGCGUAGCGCCGGCCCCCGCGGCCGCCCCCGCCGCCGCCGCCGCCGCGCCGCCCCCACGACUGAAGCCGCCCCGCGGCUCGCUCCUGGCUGUGAUACAGAAUCUCCCCUUCUCGCCGCUCUCUGCAGCGCGCCUGUCCUGUCGAACCGCAGUAUUAGCUUUAGGGCAAUCAUCCUCCACCAGUCAUCUUAUUUAUUGUCCACACGUACCCAUUAUUUAUAACUAUUUAUUAUUUAUUUAUUUAUUUAUAAUUUAUUCGCUCGUCCUCACGCGUCUCUCGCAUUGUGUUUUAUAUUUCGUACAUUCCAAUACAAGAGAAUUAAACUUUUUACUUUUAUAGAAAAA